AUGGCGAAAUCAGCAAGAUACUUCAAGAACUCGUGCAUCACUCCGCACCCAUCAUUUUUCCUUCAUUUUCUAGCGGUUUCUCCAAUGAAGAGCUCAAGAAACCAGUCUCCUAAUCCCACUCUCCUCUUCCUUCUCUCCCUCUUAACACUCUCCUCUUUCUUGGGAAUUUGCGUCCUCACUUUCUAUGGCAUUCCUCACAACUCGAUGCCAUGCCCUCCAAUCUCACCUUCAUCGCCGUUAUCUCCCAUCCUGCUGGCCUCUCUUUCCUCAAUCUCGAAAGGUUACCCGAGAAACGAUGAGCCCACUUUGUCGAGCAGUGUGAUGGUGCCAUUGCCUGCUCAUGGGGUGGGUGCAAAUCUCAAUCUUUCUGCAGAGGAGAAGGAGUUCUGGCAGCAGCCGGAUGGUGAAGGGUACCGGCCGUGCUUGGAUUUCAGCCUUGCUUAUCGAAAAGCAUCGGCUAGAAUUUCCAAGGAGAAACGGAGGUUCUUGGUUAUGGUGGUUUCUGGAGGACUGAAUCAGCAGAGGAAUCAGAUUGUUGAUGCUGUUGUCAUAGCAAGAAUUCUUGAAGCUGCUCUGGUUGUUCCUGUUUUACAGGUUAAUCGCAUAUGGGGAGAUGAAAGUGAAUUCUCAGAUAUAUUCGAUUUGGAACAUUUCAAGAAGACUUUACAAGCUGAUGUUCGAGUCGUAUCGUCCCUCCCCUCUACUCAUUUGGUUUCAAUGCAGUCAAUUGAAAAUCAAAUCCCAUUUCAUGUAUCACCGGUUUGGAUUCGUGCUAGAUACUUUCACCAACUAAACGAAGAAGGUUUUCUUAUACUAAAAGGGCUUGAUUCUAGGCUCUCCAAGAAUCUUCCUCCCGAUCUUCAGAAGCUACGGUGUAAGGUGGCAUUUCAUGCUUUGAGAUUCACCUCUCCAAUCCAGAACCUUGGCAAUCAGAUUGCAAGGAGAAUGUGGAUUGAAGGUCCUUACAUUGCUCUCCAUCUAAGGAUAGAGAAGGAUGUGUGGAUCAGAACAGGAUGUACCACAGGUUUAGGACCUGAAUACGACGAAAUCAUAGACAAGGAUCGGGAGUCUAAUCCCGAUUUCUUAACUGCUAAACUUAACAUGACGAAAUCUGCACGAAGACUUGCAGGAUUCUGUCCUCUCAGUGCAAGAGAAGUGGCAAGACUCCUGAGGGGUUUAGGAGCACCUAGCAAUGCUCGUAUAUAUGUAGCCGGAGGAGAACCAUUUGGGGGCAGCUGCGCAAUACAACCACUUGUGCAUGAGUUCCCAAACAUAGCAACGAAAAAGACGUUAGCACGACAAGGGGAGCUGACGCCUUACUUGAACAGACCUUCCGUCCUAGCGGCCAUCGACUACAUCGUGUCUCUAAGCAGUGAUGUUUUUCUGCCUUCCCAUGGAGGCAACAUGGGCCGAGCUAUGCAGGGUCAUCGUGCAUACGUAGGACAUAGGAAGUACAUAAAGCCAAACAAACGGAUGAUAGUUCCGUUGCUAGAAAACACAUCGGUAUCAGACGAGAAAUUCAGACGCACGAUCCAGAAGCUGCAUAAGUAUUCAAAGGGGCAACCGGAGUGGAGGAAGAAGAAGUUAGACAGAGAUGUGUUAGCCUAUCCAGUGCCUGAGUGUAUGUGCAAACACUGAGAUUUUUGUUGUGAAUAUUUCAGGAAUCAGUUCAUUAGCCGAAUACCCUUUUGGUUGUACACAUAAUCCUCAGAACAUUAAAGAGUAAAUUCUUUUUUAC